AUGGAAUGGGGAAACUAUUCUAUGUAUGCAAACUUUAUACUCCUUGGGUUGUUCAGCAGCACAAACUUUCCAUGGUUUUUGUUCUCUCUCAUCUUCCUGGUCUUUGUGAUCUCAGUGGCCAGCAACACUAUUAUGGUCAUUCUUAUCCACACUGAUCCCCGGCUCCACACUCCUAUGUACUUCUUGCUUAGUCAACUAUCCAUUAUGGAUAUCCUCUACGUUUCUACCAUUGUGCCCAAGAUGCUAGUGGAUCAGUUGCUGGGGCAGAAGACCAUCUCUUUUGCAGGUUGUACUGCCCAGCACUUCCUCUACUUGACCCUGGCAGGUGCUGAAUUCUUCCUCUUGGGCCUCAUGUCCUAUGACCGCUAUGUGGCCAUCUGUAACCCUCUUCGUUACCCUAUCUUAAUGAGCCGCAAGGUAUGCCUACUGAUUGUGGCUGCAGCAUGGCUAGGUGGCUCGGUGGAUGGCUUCCUAUUGACCCCAGUCACCAUGCAGUUUCCUUUUUGUGCUUCAAGAGAGAUCAACCACUUCUUUUGUGAAGUCCCUGCCUUACUGAAGUUGUCCUGUACAGAUACCUCAGCUUAUGAGACAGCUAUGUAUGUCUGCUGUAUCAUGAUGCUCCUAAUCCCCUUUUCAGUCAUUUCUGCCUCUUAUACUCGCAUCCUCAUAACUGUUUAUCGGAUGAGUGAGGCUGAGGGGAGACGCAAAGCGGUGGCCACCUGUUCUUCACAUAUGGUCGUUGUCAGUCUCUUUUAUGGAGCUGCCAUGUACACCUAUGUGCUUCCCCACUCUUACCACACCCCUGAGCAAGAUAAGGCUGUGUCAGCCUUCUACACUAUUCUCACACCCAUGCUUAACCCGCUCAUCUAUAGCUUCAGAAACAAGGAUGUUAGUGGGGCUCUAAAGAAGGCAUUGGGUCGAUGUUCCUCAAAGAGGAUAAGGACCUUCUGA